AUAAAACUGAAUCUCAAAAAGUAAAGCAUAUAAAGAGCGGGAGUUCACUCUGAGAAGAGUAAAAAUGAGUCCGAAAUUUUUCGGAAUAAAUUUUAGUGUUUUAGUGAUCUGUAUGUUUAUAACAGUAGGGAAAUCACAAUAUUGGAAAGGACAUAUCGAGCCUUAUAAAGAAUGGAAGAAUAAGACAUGUAGAGAAUGUAUUUGCCAGUAUCCAACUUAUUGUGGCGCAUGGAGAUCUUUCACUUGCAAUUCUCAAGUGACUAAACACAGGUGUUUAAGCGGAUGGACACACGGAGGAGAUUACAACUGUAAUAUCCCAAUAUGUAAGCCAAACUGUGGAUUGGUGGGAGAGUGUGUAUCCCCUAGUAAAUGUAACUGCAAAGGCCAGGCAGUAGGUCAAUAUUGUCAGACGUUGGUAUGUUCUUAUGCUAGACCAUGUUAUCCAGGAAACUGUUAUUCUAAUAACUUAUGUAACUGUAACCGUGGAUUCACAAAGGAAAAUUCGACAUCGGAAUACGGCUGUUUAAAAAUUGACACAAAUAACAAACCGUACAUUGGUAAAUCAACAAGUGUCAUAGAACACACUAGAAAAACCGAUAAUAAAUUCCUGUUCUACUUCUUGUUGGACGGCACGAACGAGACAAUGGACAAUCUUAUUGUUUGGAGUAAUCAAAGGGUGUUUAACAUCAUGCAUUUCAAAUUCGAGGUUAGCUAUGAACCACCAGAACCUCUGGCUGACAGACCGGUGUAUGUUCAUAAGUCAGCAGUUGGUAUUACGGAAGGGAAAGUUUUACUUCGAGUUCUAAAUUACAGAAAUGUUGAGCAUACUACACAAAAGUACGACAUCGACUGUCCUUCAUCUAAUCCGGCAAAUCCACAACAAUUGUUUAAUUGUACAAUAAAGAAUGCAGAAUUCAAAACUCUGAUAGAACAUGCAGACACGUUAAAAGUGACUUUUGAAGCUAGGAAUGGAGGUUAUCGACAGAUGAGAUAUCAGGACAAUCUGCGACCCGAAGACAAAUUCAUAGGACAGACUAGUAGUAAAAAAGUCUAUUUCAAAUUUGAUUUCCAAGCACCGAAACACUGCACUGAAGAUGAUAUUAGCGGAUAUACUGCCACUAACUGUGACAAUUCAACAAUGUUGCAUGUCCCUAAAGAAUUUACUAAAGAACCAAUCACAGUACGCUGGAAAGGCUGGACAGACGACAAGUAUGGUUCACAAAUGUGGAUGUACUAUCUGGAGCUUCACAAACUUGUUGUAAAAGAUGCUACACUACAACUCACUGAACGGAACCCCAUCAAACCUAUGGCCAGAAAUCAAACGUUACACAUGGGUAAUAUGUCACACUACCAGACGUUUACUCCUCUGGAACCAGGAAUGUAUAGUAUCUUAUUGGAAGUAAGGGAUAUUGCCAACAAUUCACGGAUAGCUCGACGGUUUGUCCUGUAUGACAAAGAGUCAGAAGUAGAGUUGAAUAAGGAAAGUCCAAACGGAUUGCACGUGUCGUCUGCUCAAAACCACACAGGCUUCAAAUGGCAGUCUGCAGGAAGUGAAGGACAAGUUACAGACAUUGUAGUCAACUGGACAGGAUAUUUCAUGAACAAAGCUCACGAGGAAGGUCACUACAACAAUGAAAUACAGACGUUUAAACCACAAUUUGAAGAUUUAGAAGAUGAUGGUAUUCUUUACACGAGAAAAUUUGUAAAUGCAUCACUCGAUGACAUGGAAGGGGAGAGAACUCUUGCUCCUAUCACAAACAUUCAUGGUAUUGUCAAAUUUGAAUACCAGUAUACCAGGGACAUUGCUUCACAAAUACACGGAGCAGACUGGACAAAAGUUGAGCCAAUCAGGGAAACGACCACAAUAAAAGAGCGGAUGAGGAGCGGCGACCAGUUAAAGAUAUGGGUUCGAGCACAUGAUGUCCUUGGCAACACAAAGAUGGACUCGACCAUCGUGACUACAGACUUUACUAAACCCAUUACUUCAAGUGCUGACGAUAACACUACCACAUACAUUGUGCAAAAUACUAACGUCAAACCCUUUAACUUUUCAAGCAGUGUUUACCUAGAAGCGUAUGAUGAAGAAAGUGGCGUCCGUGAUAUAGGUGUCAACAUAACAAUCGAAAUGGAAGGUGUACCUAACAUUUAUGUCAGUAAAAUGGUCAAGGCAAACACAGACGAUAAAAGACACCCGAACAGAGAUAGUGAGUGCGUGAGGUCAAAAGACGAGACAACCUGCUUUUUAAAGAAACAAACUGUGAACAUAGACAAUUGUUGGCUGACGGUACCAAACCAGGUGUUACUACCAUAUGCUAGUGCCACAAUAGAUGUUAUUGCCUACAACCAAGCCAUGCUCCCCAGCAGCGUCAGAUUUGAGAUUCCAGCAAUAACUGCUUUAGAUGGUCUUAUAAGCUAUAAUGGACCUGAGUCUGCACGAGUGGAAAACGUGAAAACCGGAAGUUUCCGAAUAGUUUGGGACAUUCCGACAAAAUUGUCCUGCUAUGCUAUACAAACUUCAAUUAUUUUAGUGCUGUUCAAGAAGUCGUCAAACGGGGAUAUUAAAUUAGUUACCCAUGUUAUUCCUGGUUCAAAGGCAUAUUUUGACGUGGCCAACCUAGACGCUGAUACGGAAUAUUCACUUGAGUUCACAUCACAAAUAGGUGAUAAGAAAAACACACCUAUGGAAAUUACGGCGAAGACGUCAAAAAAGCCAGACACUGGUCCGAGUGUUGAAGUUUUGGUCGGCAUAGCUGUAGGUGUACUAGGUUUUGUUGCCUUGGUGAUUAUAAUCUUUAUAUUUCUCGUUCGGAGAGGUUAUUGCCAACCUCAAGAAAGAGCCCGCCGGGUAAAAAGGGCAGUUUCAAGGAAAUACAGACAAAGCUUACAUGGGGAGUCGGACACGACCGACCAUCGCCAUCCAAACGCUAUCUCGAAUAAGGCAUACGACGCUGAGAAAUUUGGCACUUCAUAUGACAACCGUAAGACAAUGGGUGAGCAAGAGGAGCUGUAUCUUUAUGGAGGGAUGGACAUUAAUAUGCCGGAAGUAGAACAUAUUGAUAGAAACGAUAUCUCGUUUGAUUGUGUUAUUAAGGAAGGCCAUUUUGCGAGAAUCUACAAAGCCACAUGGAGGACAGGCCGAGGAGGAAACACAGUUGUCGCCAAAACAUUAAAAGAUAAAUUCACACCAAAUGAUGAAAUGUUGAUGAAGGCCAAGAUCAACUUCACCGGUACAGUUGUUGGUAGCCAUCCAAACGUCUUGAAAUUCCUAGGAGCUGUUGUUGGCGAUGACCGAAUGGGUCCAUUUAUUGUGUAUGAGUACUGUGAGAAUGGUACAUUGAAAGACUAUCUUGCGGAAAACAAAAACAAGAUUACCAUGGAGUUACAAGAACACCUGUUUAGAUUCGGUCUUGAUGUUGCAAAGGGAAUGGAAUAUUUGGCUAGUAAAGGGAUCGUUCAUAGACGUCUUGCUGCAAGAAACAUUUUACUGAAUUUCUUAAACGAGAUCAAGAUUAGUGGAUUUGGACCGCAGCCGGACGAAUCUUCUGAUGGUGACGCGGGAAAACAGGAGCGUAUUCCAAUAAAAUGGGUAGCCCCAGAAUGCAUGAAAUCAACAAAAGAUGCCACAGAAAGAAGUGACAUAUGGUCGUAUGCGGUAGUGCUGUGGGAAAUAUUUACUUUAGGUGAAACGCCAUAUGCAAAGAUGAGGAGCCGUCAACUUCCGGUAAGCCUCAAGAAAGGCGAGCGUCUACCUAAACCCGAACAGUGUGACGACACCUGGUAUGGCGUUAUGAAGAGAUGCUGGGAGUAUGACCCGCACAAGAGACCACUGUUUGUAGACGUGAGAUCUGAGCUGGAUGAUAUGUUUGUGGCGGCCCCUGGUGACGACUUCUACUACUACCAACGUUAAAUUUUGUUAAAAAAAAAAAACAAAAAAAAAACAACAAAAAACAAUUCUGUGUAUCAAAUAUAUGUGCGAAUAUUGCAAGCUUGAAUGAUUGAAAGAGACCCCUACAAAAUGUAAGAGUUACAUCUCAAAGAAGUAAUAUAAACUUUGUAAUAUCUUGCGCUGCAAAUCGAAAAAGAGAGUUUGUGAAAAUAGUCAAAUUAUGUGUGUUAUAGAACUAAAUCUCAAUUGACUAAUGGAACAGUUGUUAUUGUUAAAUGAUGUUGUUUUGUGUGUGUAUGUUAUCUAUUGCUUAGAAAGCAACAUUUAAAAUUAAGAUAUGUUAUUUGUGUUUUACGAUGGCGUAUCUUCAUGUGUUACCUUCUUUAAUAAAGAUAUCAUUAUUAUGGCCCUUUUCAAAGAAGUGGGAGUAUAUUGCUUUGCAUUUGUCUGUCUGUUGAUCCCUAGACCCAACCGUUUCCGAUCAAUUUUUAAAUAAUGCUUAGGCCUUGGUAUUAGGAUUGUUUCCGAUCAAUAACUUGACAAUCCACGGGCUGUUGGCCCACAAACUUCGUAGGUGCAUUGGUCUUGGCAAGUAGAUGAUCCCUAUUGAUUUUGGGAUCAAGGGGUCAAAGGUCAAGGUCAUAUUGACAUUGUCGGUUAAAAACGGUUUCCUAUCCAUAACUUGACAAUCCAUUGGCCUUUGGCUCUCCAACUUUGUAGGUGGAUUGGUCUUGGCAAAAAGAUUGCCCCUAUCGAUUUUGGGGUCAAGGGGUCAAAGGUCAAGGUCAUCUUGACCUUGUAGGUAAAAACAGUUCCUAUUUAUAACUUGACAGCCUUUGGCUCUGAAAAUGCAUAGGUGCAUUUGUCUUGGCCAGUUGAUAACACCUAUUAAUUUAAUGGUCAAAGUCACAUUGACCUUGUACCAAAAAACCAGUUUCUGACAAAUAACUCAACAAAUCAAGUUACCUUGGUUGUUUGUUUUAUUAAACUAAAAUGCUUUUUGUAUACACAUUUCAGGGUCUUAUGUAAUAUAACAAAUUGGAUGUCAAUUUAUGAGGCCUACAUGAUUCAUAAAGUCUAUACAUACAUGUAUAUUAUGUGGUAAGAUUUGUGAUAACUUUGUCAUAAAAUUGCUGCACACAACCUUUACAGUCACAAUUACCUAGUGACUAGUCAUGACCAAUAGAUAACCUCUACUGAUUUUUUGGUGACAAGGUCAAAAGUCAGUCACAAUACCCGACCACAUGACUAAUUGGCAAACAUAUUUUAAUUAAGAACAGAUUAUCAUCUAUAUCCUCUCAAUAAAGACCACUUGUCUAUAACAACCAUUAUGGUCUUUCCUUUGGAUGGUCUUUAUUCACCGGUUUUACUGUAUUUACAUUUUAUUAAUGUUUUUUAGCUCACCUGAGCACGAAGUGCUCAAAGGUGAGCUUUUGUCAUCACUCUGCGUCCGUCGUGCGUCGUGCGUCGUGCGUCCUUCAAAAAAUGGCGUCAAACUUUUCAAACAACAUCUCCUCCUAAACUACAUGGCCAAUUGCAACCAAACUUUACAGAAAUGAUCCUUAGGUGGACCCCUUUCAAAGUUGUUCAAAAAUUUAAAUUCCAUUAAAAACUCUGGUUGCCAUGGCAACCAAUAAGAAAAACUUAAAAAAUCUUCUUCUAAAAAACCGUAAGAGCUAGAGCUUAGAUAUUUGGCAUGAAACAUCUUCUAAUGAGUGCCUACCAAGUUUGUUCAAAUCAAAGCCCUAGGGUCAAAAUUGGCCCCGCCCCAGGGGGUCAUUGAUUUUCCCUAUAUGCAUAUAGUAAAAACUUAAAAAAUCUUCUUUUAAAGAACUCAAAUAGCUAGAGCUAAGAUAUUUAGCAUGAAACAUGUUCUAAUGGGUGUCUACCAAGUUUGUUCAAAUAAAAGCCCUGGGGUCAAAAUUGGCUCCGCCCCGGGGGUCAUUGAUUUUCCUUAUAUGUGUAUAGCAAAAACUUAAAAAAUCUUCUUUAAAAAAACCCAAAUAGCUGGAGUUUAGCUAUUAAGCAUGAACAAUCUUCUAGUGAGUGUCUACAAAGUUUGUUCAAAUAAAAGCCCUGGGGUCAAAAUUGGCCCCGCCCCGGGGGUCAUUGAAUUUCCUUAUAUGACUGUGUAUAGCAAAAACUUAAAAAUCUUCUUUGAAAAAACCCAGAUAGCUAGUGUUUAGAUAUAAAGCAUGAAACAUCUUCUAGUGAGUGUCUACCAAGUUUGUUCAAAUAAAAGCCCUAGGGUCAAAAUUGGCCCCGCCCCAGGGUGUCUUUGAUUUUCCCUAUAUGCAUAUAGUUAAAACUUAAAAAAUCUUCUUUUAAAGAACCCAAAGAGCUAGAGCUAAGAUAUUUAGCAUGAAACAUCUUCUAAUGAGUGUCUACAAAGUUUGUUCAAAUAAAAGCCCUA